AUGGCAGAAAGCUCCCACCCGAACAAAUUCAGGUCGUCUUUCGGGCCCAUGCCCGCGGUGCCUAUUAUUCAGUCCGCCUGCUCCUCAGACCCGGACUACCCAAUCCCUCAAGCGCUCGGCCACGCCGGUGAAUUUGAGAUACCCCCCGGGCCCAGCGAUGCGUCCGCCGCUACGGAAAAUUAUAACAGAUUUCUCUUGCUGACGAUCUACACGGGGCAUCGACUCCACUCGGCCCAGCAAUAUCAUAUUAUUGUCAAGCGUAGCUUACCGGCAAAUGCAGGUAAUACGUGCGCUAAAGACCUAUUCAUGGCCAUUAGACAUGCGUAUGACUAUAAGCUGCGACGGUUCUGGCAGCGUUAUUUGUCGCUCCGUUGUCUCAAGUAUAUCGGACUUCUAGAGGUAGUAUUCAGGGUAGUAUCCGGUUUUUGUGAAUAUGCAUUCCACAACCCGCCAAAGCUCAAAACAACAGAUACCUGGGUCAACUGGGUCUUCGCGCUUAAGAACAGCCCCCCACGGCGCUACGGACUUGAGUUCGUUCAGGGCGGGGAUGAAGAAAAGAUCAUGAUACUCGGCGCUGUUACUUGGGUUAGCAGUGUGCUAACGGCGAUUAUAUGGGGCAUUCUCGGCGACGUACAGUCCGCUAUUGCUGUGGCGAGUUAUCUUUUGACGGCAAGCGGGAGUUUGCUGGCGCUUCUAGCGAUCGUGAGCAAGCUAGAGGGAUCGAUUGAUACUAUAGGUGAUACGGGUAUGAAGGUCGGAUUAAACACAGUAUCAUCGCCCCGGCCACCGACCCCAGAUUGA